CAACACUGAUAUUUUGUUUUUUUAAAGUCCGACAAGCUGAUAAGAAAGAGAGAGAAAUAUUCCGACAUAAUGAAAUCAACUCGCCUCCACUCCUCCGCCGUCCACCGCCGUGCAUGGCCUAAUCGGAUAUUCGCCGUACUAUACUUCGCCGCCGUCGUAACACUUAUCCGCCGCCAAAUCCUCUCUCUCCUCAAUUCCACUAUUCCAAUCCCCAUCUCUCUCCUCAUCUUCCUCGCCGACAUCAUACUCUCUUUCAUCUGGGUCGCCGGCCAAGGUUUCAAAAUCCGACCAAUUCGACGAAAUACCCAUCAAGAAAAUCUAACUUUGAUUAUUCAAGAACACGAAUUUCCAGCCAUAGAUUUGUUCAUAUGUACGGCGGAUCCAGAUAAAGAACCGCCGUUAAGUGUAGUGAAUACUGUUCUUUCAGUUAUGUCCUAUGAUUACCCGCCGGAAAAGUUGUCGGUUUAUGUUUCUGAUGAUGGAGGGUCUCAAUUUACUUUAAUGGCUUUUACUGAAGCUGUUAAUUUUGCUGCUUAUUGGUUACCUUAUUGUAGGAGGAAUCAAAUUAUAGAGAGAUGUCCUAGUGUUUAUCUUGAAUCUAAUCCUGUUUGGGUACCUGAAUUCGAUGAAAUUAAGGAAUUAUACGAGACCAUGAAAAACAGAAUUGAAAAGGCAAAUCAAAUCAAGGGUUUUAGCCGAAAUCAUCCAACUGUUAUUCAGGUGCUAAUAGAGAACAUAAAAGACAAAGACAUAACCGGUCGGGGAAUGCCAAAUCUUAUUUAUGUGUCGAGAGAGAAAAGGAAAAACAUCCCACAUAACUUCAAGGCUGGAGCCCUUAACGUGCUUGUUAGAGUAUCGGCGGUGAUGACAAAUGCUCCGAUAAUCUUAACGUUGGAUUGCGAUAUGUAUUCAAAUGAUCCUCAAACGCCUAGAAGGGCUUUAUGUUAUUUUGUUGAUUCAAGCUUGAAAGACAAUUUGGGAUACAUUCAAUUCCCACAAGCUUUCUUUGGGAUCAAUCGAGAUGAUGUUUAUGGUUCGGAAUUCAAAUUUGAAGCCAAAAUUUACCCUUCGGGUAAUGAUGGAAUAGGCGGCCCGACUUACUUGGGGACAGGAGCAUUCUUUAAUCGUCGAUCACUCUUUGGUGGACCACAAACGUUUCUUGUACCAGAGAUUCAAGAACUCAGCCCAUAUUGGGUUGUGAAUAAGUCUAUUGGAUCACCCGAUGUUCUCGCAUUGGCCAAUCAACUUGCAAGAUGUGAUUACGAGGCUCAAACCCUAUGGGGGUCCAAGGUGGGAUAUAGGUACGGGUCAGUGGCGGAGGACAUGUAUACAUCUUACUUGAUGCAAUGCGAGGGUUGGAGAUCAAUCUUUUGUCACCCAAGAAGGCCUGCGUUUUUGGGUAAUUCAGCUAUGUCCCUGUUCGACCUACUCAGUCAAGUGAAGCGAUGGUGCGUCGGUUUCUUGCAAAUGGGAUUUAGUAAGCAUAGUCCAAUAACAUUCGGAAUCCGAUUCUUGAAUCCUUUCCUAGCCUUCGCAUACAUAUACCACGCAUUUUGUCCCAUCCUUGGCAUUGCGGUCACCAUCUACGCGUUCAUUCCUCAGCUCGCUAUGAUCGGUUCCAUCUCGAUAUUUCCCAAGGUUUCGGAUCCUUGGUUUUUCUUAUACAUGUUCUUGUUUUUGGGAGCCUAUGUGCAAGAUUUUGUAGUUUUCAUGUUGGAAGGUUGGGAAAACAAUAGCAUUAUAAAGUGGUGGAACAACCAAAGAAUGUGGAUAAUCAAGGGACUUUCUUGUUAUCCUUUUGCCAUCACGGAUUUCGUAAUAACCAAUUGUUUGGGAAUAACCGCACCCCGAUUUAACGUAACGGGUAAGGUCGUUGACGAGGAGCUGUCGGAUAGGUACAAUAGAGGGAUGAUGGAAUUCGGUGUGGAGUCUCCGGUUUUCAUUCCGAUUGCCACAUCAGCAAUGGUGAAUUUGGUGGCACUAGCGUGCGGGGUUGGUGAGGUGGCAAUAAUCGGGAAUGAGAGAUUUAAGGAUUUGUUUGGACAAAUGUUUAUUGCUGGAUAUGGGGUGGUUAAUAGUUGGCCAAUUUAUGAAGCUAUGGUUAUAAGACAUGAUCCAGGGAAGAUGCCCACCAAGAUUACAUUGGUUUCACUCUUUGUAACCUUGAUUCUAUCUUCAGCAUCUUAUUAUUAUUUGAGAAAUGUAUGAAUAGAAUCAAUCAAAUUAUAAUACUAUAAGACUGAAAUUGUCUUCAUUUUUUUUCUUCAAUAUUUAUAUUUGAUGUUUAUGAAUAGAAUUAUAAGUCAAAUUCUUCUACUUGAA